AUGCAACAGUCAAACAACACACUUUUACUGAAGCAGUUGCAUCUUCAACAACCACCAAAACGUCCAUAUUCACGACUGGGAUGUAGGGAGUGCAAGCGACGCAAGAUUAGAUGUCCCGAGGAAAAACCUGAAUGUUCAACAUGUGUUAGAUUGGGCAAGACUUGUUCAUACCCUUUGGCUGGAGAAAAAGUGCUAAGAAUUUCGAGAAGAUUGAUUAAGGAGGAGAUUGAAAAUUUGGGUAAAUCAACACAUUUCCUACCUGUACAGUACGAUGUUCCAAAAAGAAUCAAACAAAAGGCAAAAGUUGCAAAUGAAAAUGCAAGUUUAAAUGGGCAACAACAACAACAGCCGCAACAACAGCAACAACAACAGCAACAGCAACAUCUGUUACCUCUACAUGGACAAACCUCUCCACAUUCUCAUUAUGUUCAUCACAAUUACGACAAUGUUCCGCAUCCGCAAUCAACUAUAGGAACACCGCAACAAACACCUUCUCAGUAUCAGUAUCCAGCACCAGCGUUUUCACAACAACCUUUUCAACAAUCUUAUCAGCAAACAGUACCAGUACCAGCUCCAGCAUCUGCAUCAGCUCCAGCAUCAGCACCAUCUUCAACAUCAGCAUCAGCCCAAACUCCAACAGCACCAGCACCACCAAGGCUGUCUUUUUUAAACAUUGAAAACUUGAUCAACAACUCAGACCCAGUUAAUAACCAUUUUGAUUUCCUUAAUGGCGCAGACUUAUCCAUGCUUACAACUGAUUUAUCCAAUUUGGUCAAUGAAAUCAUGGAAUUUAGUAAUCUUCAACCAUUUCCUGAAGAUUUUCAGUUUGAUCUGUUCAACCCUGCUACACCUUCUACACCGUCUACUUCUACAUCCGUAUCCCCAUCUGCCUCGUGUCUACCCACCAAUAGACAUCAUCAUCAUCAUCAUCAUCAUCAUCAUUACCAACAACACCAGCAGCAUCAGCAGCAACAGCGGCAACAACCUUCCUCUGCACCAGCAUUACAACAACACAUACAACAACAACAACAACAACAUCAUCAUCAUCAGGCAACGUAUAUGGGCGAAGAGUUGAUUGUUAAUCUUCCUCUUCAUUACAUCAAACUAAAACACCGACAUGAAGAAUUAUAUCUCGAGCAGUUUUACAACAAUUUUGCAAUUAUCAUUGAGCCGUUUGACGCAUAUCAUCAAAGGAGUAAAGUUUUAUCCAACCCAGCAAGAGAUAUUAUUCUUAAAACUGCGAGCAGUGAACCAUUUUUGUUAGCCGCAGUGCUAGCUGAAGGUGCAAAGACCAGUUUUAUGAAAUACAAGAGACCCGAAGAUGAAAAAGCAUAUGGAGCAUAUUUGUCCAAAUGCUUGAAAUUGUUGGAACCAGCAAGAAAUGCGCAAGUGGAUGAUUUGAAUGCCAACAUUGAAGCUGUGUUGUUGACUUUACUAUUGCUAACUGCGGCAACAGCAACAAGCACUCAGCAAUGGAGACCACAUCUCACUGGAUGCAAAGAAUUGCUAGUAAAGAUUUCUACCAAGAGUCGAGAUAGUGCAAAUAUGAGACACGUCUCGAAAAUCAUUAUGUUUUGCAAGUACUGGUUUCUUUCAAUUGAGAUACUUGCUGGUUUAUCGACGAAGCUAGGAGGUACAUUACAAACAGAUUAUGAGAUAAACCAACUAAUGUCAAAUAGUAGUGAUUAUGAACUAUCAGUGCUCAAGGAUAUGGGGAUCAUCACAGAGCAAGGAUUCAAUAUUCUCAUGGGCUAUAGCCAUGCUUGCAUCUCUACAUUCCGCGACUUGUUGAAAUUGUUAAACAAGCACCGCCGAGAAGAAGCACAGAGGCAACAACAGGCGCAACAUCAGGCGCAACAACAGGCGCAACAACAAACACGACCAACACUUUCACCACUCCCACUGCAACCGUUGCAACAGCAUAAUCAAUACUCAUGCGAUGCCAUGCUCAACCUCAAAUUAGUCUCUGAGUUUUAUAAGCACGCUGAAACUGUUUACCUAGAUUCCAGAGGGAUCAUUCACGAAUCAGAGCUUCACAGUAAAUAUACUAAACCAGGCUUACCGAUUGAAGAAAUUCGUAUUGGAAAGGAUAUCUAUUGGUUGAGUUGGCAAGACAUAUCUCAUCAGUCUUAUGUCAUUUCGUCCAUUAUAAUGAUUCUCACACGUUUUUUCCACAUUGAUUCUACCAACUCCAAUAUUAAAGUGUUGGUGGACAAACUUGUACUGUUUAUCACCUAUCUCCACCAAUUCUCUGACGUACAGCAACAUGCUUCUCCAUUCAUGUUGUUGAUGAUCCAGUGGCCUUUAUUAGUAACUGGAUUAGAGUGUAGAGAUAGAGCACAACAACAAUUGCUAUUGAAAUAUUUUGCAAUGGUGGGUCAGAUUGGCGCAUCCACAGCAAAUAUCUCGGUACAAAUGUUGCGGAAGGAAUGGGAACUAGGUGCUGCAUCAGAGAAUAAAUCAGAGGGGGUCAAUGGUGAUACUCUCAUCUACUGA